CGUGGGCGGCCUGUGGUGCCGAGCACUAGUCCAGUGGUCGCAGUGGUCGCAGUGGUCCCAGUGGCCCUGACUGGGCAUUGGUGGUUGUUUGUUGGCAGCAGCAGGAGGAGGGAGGGGGAGCGGCUGGGGACAGUGGCAGGCCCAGGGGCCGGGGCAUGGCCAUGGGGGGGCCGCACCCCACCCUCCACCCUGCACCGGGACAGGCGUUGGGGCUGGGGGUCCUGGGGGUCCUGGGGGUCCUGGGGGUCCUGGGGGUCCUGGGGUGCUGCUCCAUCCAGGGGAGCCACCAGACUGUCAGAGUUCCGGCCCUGGCUGAGUGGGGGCGCUGUCGGGGCGGCAGGAGGCGCAGGCACUGCUGGAGGAGCAGGCGCGGCGGAGAAAGGAGGCAGAGUGAGGUGUUCGCGCAGGGUGUGGGUCCUGCUGGUCUCGCUGGUUCUCGUCUUCAUCACCUCACUCUUCUUCUCCGUCUCGCUCCGCGGAGGCGUCGGCUUCAACUACCUGGAGCCUCCUGGAUGGGAGGAGUCAAGGCGAGUGAAGCUGGUGCCCAGCUACGUGGGCACACACCGCCUGUCGGCACCGGACAUGCAGAAGACCUGCUCCUGCACGCGCUGUGUGGGGGACCCCAGCGUGUCCGACUGGUUUGAUGAGAACUUCGACCCGGACAUCUCCCCGGUUUGGACCAGAGACAUCAUCAAACUGCCACCAGAUGUCUACUACUGGUGGGUGAUGUUACAGCCACAGUUCAAACCCCACAGCAUCCAGCAGGUUCUGCUGAAGUUAUUCCAGGUGAUUCCUGGAAGGUCGCCGUACGGCUCAUGGGACCCAAGGCGCUGUUUGCGCUGCGCUGUGGUUGGAAACUCUGGAAACCUGCGCGGGGCCGGAUACGGACCGACCAUCGACGCACACAACUACAUCAUGAGGAUAAACCUGGCCCCUACGCUGGGCUAUGAGGAGGACGCCGGCAGCCACACCACCCACCACUUCAUGUACCCAGAGAGCGCCAAGAACCUAGCAGCCAAUGUCAGCUUUGUCCUGGUUCCCUUCAAAACCCUGGACCUGGUCUGGAUCACCAGCGCCCUGUCCACCGGCCAGAUCCGCUUUACGUACGCUCCAGUGAAGCAGUUCCUCCGUGUCGACAAAGAUAAGGUGCAGAUCUUUAACCCGGCGUUCUUCAAGUACAUUCAUGACCGCUGGACCAGACACCAUGGCCGCUACCCCUCCACCGGCAUGCUGGUGCUCUUCUUUGCUCUUCACGUCUGUGACGAGGUGAAUGUGUUUGGCUUUGGAGCAGACAGUCGGGGAAACUGGCAUCACUACUGGGAGCAGAACCGCUACUCGGGAGAGUUCAGGAAGACGGGGGUGCACGACGCAGAUUACGAGGCCCAGAUCAUCCAGCUCUUAGCCAAAGCCGGCAAAAUCACAGUGUUUCCUGGGAAAUAACCAGCAAAUGUUACUGUGUGGCGUUAAAAAGCUGGUUCACAGUCAGCGUGGGUUAGAUGUCACUGUCUGCAACCGGUUUUAGUUCAAGUUAAAGGUUACUGACAGAAGAUGAAGGGAUGUCAGUGGUGACUUACUGCAUAGCUGGUUCUGACUGGGCAGCGUGGACUAGACUUGAACCAGGAACUGGAGAACUAACCCUAAAAUGAUACCAUUUGACCAGUGAUCAUCCCAAACAAUGACUGCACUAAAAGGCCUGUUCCUGGCUGUGUUCGAGGAGGAAUGUUCACUAUGGAUGUGCAGAGACGUACAGACCAGCAUCGUCCCCAUCUAGGGGCCGUCUGUGUGAAACGUCCACUUUCACCUUCAAAGCAGUGGAUGCUGGCAGACAUCACCGUACAGAGCUAUCGAAACCAGACACACAUCUCCAGCUCUGAGAGAAACCUGCUCCAGAACCGGAUUUGCCCACAAUCAAGAAAGAUUUGUCUUUUUAAAUCCUAAAAAAACGUUCAUCAGACUCAGAAACAUGACCCAGACGUUCGCCUUUCUGUUCUGACACAGAGAUCCCUACAGCGCGAGUGUGAGCCUGGUUUCAGAUGCCACAGGAGCUGCUGCAGCCUUUCUGCAGACACACAGCUGGUCUAUAGACACUUAUGUAGUCCAACUUGUUUAAUGUUUCUGGUCUGGUCCAUUUGGGUCUAAUUGAAGAGAGGGAGAACUGGGAAAUGAGCAACCAGUCUUACAAAGCUAAUCUUAAAAAAAACAUUUAAUUUGCUCCAGUGUUUUUUUUAAAGACGGAAGGGAAGGAGGCUGUGCUUUCUGCUGCUGGUGUAGAAACUCUACACCAGCCGGACUUUUCAAAGGGCCGAGGCUGAUCCCCGUCGGACGGUUAAAGCUGCAGACUGUCUCCCCAUCUAACCCCACACCAAGGCCCUGAUAAUGGAGGAAUCGCACUGAAUCUGGAAAUUCCUGAGCCUGUCAGGUAUCAUGGCAUCAUUAACCGCUGGUCCCAGAUCAGCCAAGUAAAACUUGAGCGGUGUGAAGAGGGGUCGAGCCACCAGACGCCUUAGUUCAUCUCCAUUUCACAUAAACUGCAAAUAUGUUUUUGUUAUUUCUGUGAUGCACCACACACACCCUCUACAUUAGUUUGCUACUUUUAUACUGUUCAUGUUUAUGUUUACACUCUCAUUGGUUUGUACUGUCAGGUUUCUUAGCACAUUGUUGUAUUCAUCAUGAUUCUGCAUCAUGACACAAUCCAUCUUGUUAUCAUUUGUAUCUUUGAUGCGGAGUCAUGAGUCAUGGAAGUAAUGGAAGGAAACGUGCCACGAGAAAGGCUUGGUUUGAGCUGAAGUCGUGAAUCCAUCCACCGGAGGCAGGAAGGUGGCUGCACUCGUGUCUGCGUGGGUCAGGACAGCGUGGAGAGGCUGGAAGGUGCUCUAAUAUUCACUACCCCUGUUCACAGAAUAAAUGCAAAAACACACAAACGCUGUAGAUUUUACAACUUACAAGCCAAACUAGCAUUCAUAGCUACUAAUAUAAAAUAAAUAUAACAAUACUAGAAAAUGACACAGUGUAGAGGUUACAUGGCUGUGGAGCAGUGUUCUUACAUCCCUUUCAGGAAAUGUAAACUAUUUCAAUCAACUGCAGAUAAGAAAUGCAGUUGUGUGACACCAGGACAGGGGACGAGCGGGUUAAAGUUCAGCGUUUGCUACAGUAAAGCUCCACUUGUUGACAGACAACAGUGUUCUCAUCUAGUAUCCAUCAUUGCAGUAAGACGCUGAUUCAGAAAAUCUGUUUAUCGGCACUAAAGGGACAACGCGCACAGUUAUGUGUCCUUCCUGUAUCUGCUACUUUUGAGGUUGAAACGUCAGGUGUCAGGUUGAAAAGCUCUUUCAACCACAUCUGCUUCCAUUCUAUCAUCUGGAUGACAUCUGGAGGAGCAGGUCCACUAAGACUACCACCUCUGUAUAACCUUAUGUGAAGCCAUGCACUCCACCAGAUGAUGUCAUCCACAGGACUGUAAUCUGGACAAAGCACUUUAAUGGAGGAAAAGCUGGUUGGUUUAAUGCCAUUCAUCUAGAUUUACCCCCCAAAAUCCAGGCAAAGAAAUCGGGUUGAAAAUCAGUGAAGUCACUCUUAAACACUCAAAUGCUGGAACUUCUUUUAAACAUUAUCCUAGGGACUCAUAAUCUGUUUCAUACACAGGGCUAAAAAAGUCCACCAUUACUAAAAUGGUCAGAAAGAAAAUCUGAAAAUCUGUGUAGGAGCCGCUGCAGCAGAUGGCGCAUUAGCACAGAGUCAUGUGACAUCACCAGGCCUGUUGUCAUGAUGUGUUUUAAGUGUCACAUGGAGCUUAACCAUCUCUUCAGCAGUAAAUGAGGCAAAUGGGAGGGUGUGGGACUCCAUGCUGCCCCCAGCUGACCAUCAGGAGAACUGCACCUCCUGCUUGUCUGUAGUGCAGUAUGCAGUAGGACAUGUGUAGCCACAUGGAACGUAUCAUAGUACUUUACCUGCCGUCACAGUUGCACAUGUUUUAUCAAAAGCUCUGUAGUUGAGUUCAUCUGGGCUCAUUUUAAGACUCAGCUGAAUCUCAUGUGUUCAUUUCUUUCGGUCUCAUGCACACACACACACACGCACCAGGGCAUUCCUGCUUUUGUGCCUUGUCCUGCUGCUGGUCAUCUCCUGCCUCCACAGCAACACACACCUCACACAUGUCUACUGGCUGAGAGCUGUGCCUUCUGAGCUGUAUACACAUGCACCUGUCACUCAACUUGCCUUCUGUUCUGGGUGAAGACCCUGACCCGAAGUCCCCCUGAGCUUCACUUCUUCACUGAUUUGUACAUUCUCACAGUGUGACCUGCUGUGAAUUCAUACAAAACUACUCUAGACAGUGAAGGAUGGCAGACUUUAUCGUGCUCAUAUACUGGAUCCAAGCCCACAGCGCCACUUUUCAUUUGUCAGCUACAGACUUCCUGUGGUAUUGAUGGUGCUCACCUACACAUUCCUAUCACGUUCUGCAGUAAACAGAAAAGUCUAAGUAGUGAACCAAGCACAGGAACUGUUAUCAUUGCUUGUUCUGAGGACUGGGGAGGCAGGGCUGUCCCUGAGCGUUCCCUGUACAACCUACAGCUUUCUCGUCCCGCUCACCUAAUACACUGUGUGUUUAUUUCUGAGUUUGGAUAAGUUGCAGUUUUUCACAUUAAUGUCUGUGGUGUCAUUGCAAAAAGCAUUAUUCAAGAAAUAAAGAGCUGCACCAUGUUAGAGCAUUGUAGGAAACAUGGUUCUUCACUGUGUUGUUGUUCUUUUCCACAACAGGUGACAGUCAGAUAUCCAGAAAGCAGCAGUUUCCUCAGAUGAAAUCUGACUGUGGUUCAGUCCUGUGGUGAUGGAAACAUAUUAAAGAUCCCAAACCUGUCAGUGUAUUACUGCUCUGAUUUAAUGGGAUUUGAAGGUUUAUAUAAUUUAGUGUUGAACAGAAGGACAUUUCAGUAUUUCACAUUUCCUGAACUAAGAAAGAAUGACUGUCGAGCCCUUCACAACUACACAAAGCGUCAAACAGUCAUUUGCAGCAGUUUCUAUUUUCCAGGAUUAAAAUAGCUUUAUUGACAUGACAGAUUAAACACAAUUAAUCAGAGUGUACACCUGAAAAAGUGGACACUGAUAGUUUCAUAUCAGAUGGAGAAUUUUUGCAUUUCAAAAACUUUAUGUGGAUUAAUUUACUAUGAAAUUUCCCAAGUCAAACUAUGUCAAGCUCAAGGUCUAGAUCACAAGAGGAAGAUAAAGCUCAUGAAAACAACUCACCCUGUCCUUGCUCAUUAACUGUUUCUGUUCUGCUCAGCACCACAAUGCAAAGUAGUGACAAAGGUUUGUAGACAUAAAAAAAUAGUCAAACACACGGACUUAACACGUGACGAAAAUGCCUUCGCAAAAGGCUGUCAUCGCUUGCGUUUGGCCGAGGUGAGAACAGCCGCUAGCAGCUCUCUGCUCAUCACUGCAUUGGUCUACAAUACUGGACUCAACAGGUGGGAUGAAAGGCUACACCUGCAGAUGGCUCAUGUGUAACAGAUGCUAGAAAUACGUAAAGAAGGUUGUUUUGUUUGCAUCACGUAGCCCCAGGUUUAUAGUCUUAUUCUAGAAGGUUGACAAGACAAUAUAUGUAUUUAGUGCAUUGAAACAUCUGUACGAUGUGUGGUCAGACUCUUUGUAUCUUAUACCAUUGUAAAAAUAAAAGCUUCAUGAAACUGGA